AGAGAAGAGCAGGUGGGACCAUGUGGCUGGAGGAGGGUGGGAGUGGGUCUGGUCUGCCUCAGGAGCAGGGAUCUCCUCUGUUGUCUCAGCGGCACAUGAAACCGCAGCCUUGGUUCCUAGUUGGUGUCAUCUUGAAAAUCUAUAUUUCUGCUGAUGGUUAUGAAGUGGAGAAUCUGAUCUCCGAAGACCUUGCCAGGAGAAAUCGUGGUUUCCGCAGCGAAUACUUUAUCAAGCCUCCAGUCCACGUUACGAUCUCUUUUCCCUUCAACAUUGAGAUCUGCAGGAUUAAUAUCGACAUCUCAUCCGGGGGAUACCAAACCUUCUCCGGGCUCGAAGUUUACACCUCUACCUCAUGCAAUAAAACCUCUUGGCAGAGCCCUGAGGGUCAGUUCUCAGGUCUGGCCGGUCAGCCUGUGUCGGACAAAGACACUUUCACACUGGUGGGCAAAGCUGUCUUAAAAAAUCAAAGCAAAGUGACGUUCGGCCACAGAGGCUUCAAGCCGAGGCCUCCCUUCCAUCAGAUGGAAAAUGUCUUCUCCUACCCUGGCUCUGCAUCUCAAGACCUCUGGAACAAAGGGCCCGCCUCGCUCAGCAACGUGUCGCACUUAAAAAUCUGCAUCACCCACGUGGCCGGAGGCGGCUUGCCUUGCAUUAAGAGGCUGGAGGUGUGGGGACAGCCUGCCAAAUCGUGCCCACAGGAGGUGAUCGAGGGUGUCUUUCAGGUAGCCUCCCAGUUCUUCGCCCAGGAUGUCGGCAGCCUCAAGCCAGAGCUCUGGACGCCGAUGGAGAGCGACUGCGUGCCCUUCAGCGCCAACGACAGCGAGCAGCAGACCCUCCGCAAGCUGGUGGAUGUCGUCCAAGACAUCCCUGAAGAAUUCCUGGACCCCAUCACUCUGGAGAUCAUGACCUUCCCCAUGCUCCUGCCCUCCGGGAAGGUGAUCGACCAGACCACCUUGGAAAAAUGCAACCGGAGUGAGGCGUCUUGGGGCAGGGUACCCAGCGAUCCUUUCACUGGGGUGGCCUUCAGCCAGCACUCGCAGCCCCUACCUCACCCUACCCUCAAGGCCAGGAUAGACCACUUCCUCUUACAGCACAGCAUCCCUGGCACCAACCUGCUCGGGAGGCCUCAUGCCUCGGAAAUGCUCGUACCUUCUUCCAUAACGAUGUCUUCUCUGAAAAGGAAAAUGGACUGUAUGGAUCAGAGCUCCGUGCAGUCACCCUAUUUUUCUUCUACAAACUUACUUGUCAUGUCUACCUCAGAGAACAGUGCUAAAAAAAUGAAAACUGACAAUGACUCGCAUUUGAUCCAAAUGGACUGUUCGACAGAUCCGGUCUCUCACGAACAAAAACUGUCGGAGAGUUUGGACACUGCCUUGAACUCGGCGCUGAGCUCAAUGCCCUCGUUUACGGCCAAGCUGAUGAAAAGCCAGCAGCAGGCGCAAAGCGAGGGAGGCUGCAGCAGUUCGUGGAGCGUGGGCACCGUCCUCGGCUGUCGCUUGUCUGCGCUGCCCAAGGACGAUCCUGGAUGCGUUGCGCUGGGACGCGGUGCUCAGCCCAGCCUGCACCAGAGCACGGCAGGAGCAGCCAGACCCAAGGAUGCGCUUCCUGCGGCAAAACCUUCUCCUCUUAUUUCAAAACGGAGUCCGUUUACCAGCUUCCCUGCGGCCACCUCAUGUGUCGCCCGUGCUUGGCCGAGAAGCAGAAGUCUCCAUCGUCAAUACUGUGCGGGAGUUGUAAAAGGUCGGCUGCCACGCACGACGUCAGGAGGGUUCACUUCUGACCCCCUCGGCUGCCGGAGCCUGCCGGGAGGACGAGAACAAGGAGCCGCUGCUGUUCCCUGUGUCCGUAUUGAUCCGUAGGAGGACGAAGGCCUUUGGAGAGCUUGCCAGAUGAGCACCCGUAAUGGCGGAGAGGACUUGGUCUUCUUGUGCUUACAGAGUAGUGGGGGGUGGGGGGUUAGAGCAUCGCGCCAGAGCAAAGCGAUCUGAGGAUAAUAAAAGCCAUAGCUUCUUUAACAAGGAAUAUGUAUUUAUACAGAACUGAUUUCCACCUGUCGCACCCGCCCUCUUACCACCAUCCCAGUGGCUCAGUGGUUUAGCAUAGGUGCCUUUUGGACUGUGAGUUUAGCUUCCCUGUGAGUUAAAACCAUUUACAUAUUUGACGAGCAGCCAUUCGGUCGUGGACCAGGCAAAGUCCUUGUGAUUGACAACAUGCAAGCUACCUGACUUCUCCCCUUCCCCGCCUCACUCCCCUCCCUCCUGCGGUGCUCUCGCUGUGCUGCAGGAGCACGUCGUUCAUCCUGGAGUCCAGCAAGUCACGAAGAGAGGCCGUGGUUAAUGCGUGAGUAACCGGCAGCGACCUCAUCCUGCUCAUACAAACUCUUGUAGAAAAGCCAUCGCAUUACACCAAACGUCACUCUCGGUUUAUGUUGUGUGACUGGACCAGCUCCCGUCUGGCUGAUAGACAUUUAAGCCUUAAUAAAAUUACGUUUAAAGUCA